CUGGGCUGAAGAUGCUGCGCUUGGUCAGCCGCGCUGCACGGUGCUGGGGGGCGAGGCGGGGGCCGGCACGGGUACACCCUGCAGCCAUGCAGCAGGCAUGCCUCUCCAGCACUGCAGCGGUGGCCGGCACAGGCACGUGGCCCAAGGACGUGGGCAUCCUGGCACUGGAGGUGUAUUUCCCUGCACAAUAUGUGGAGCAGUCUGAACUGGAGCGCUACGACGGUGUGGAGGCUGGCAAGUACACGCGUGGCCUGGGCCAGCAGCAGAUGGGCUUCUGCGCUGCCCACGAGGACAUCAACUCGCUGUGCCUGACCGUGGUGCAGAGGCUGGUGGAGCGCGGGCAGCUCUCCUGGGAUGCUAUCGGCCGCCUGGAGGUGGGCACUGAGACCGUCAUCGACAAGUCCAAGGCCGUCAAGACCGUCCUCAUGGAGCUCUUCCGCGAGUCAGGCAACACGGAUGUGGAAGGCAUUGACACCACCAACGCCUGCUAUGGCGGCACAGCCUCGCUCUUCAACGCAGCCUCCUGGAUCGAGUCCAGUGCCUGGGACGGACGCUAUGCCGUGGUGGUGUGUGGGGACAUUGCUGUCUACGCAACGGGGAAUGCGCGGCCCACGGGUGGUGCCGGUGCCAUUGCUAUGCUGGUGGGACCCAACGCCCCUCUGGUGCUGGAGAGAGGCUUGCGGGGAACGCACAUGGAGCACGCCUACGACUUCUACAAGCCCGACCUGUCUUCAGAGUACCCAGUGGUGGACGGCCCCCUCUCCAUCCAGUGCUACCUGCGGGCCCUGGACCGCUGCUAUGCCGUGUACCGCAGGAAGGCAGAGAGCCAGUGGCAGCAGGCUGGUAUCCAGCGGCCUUUCACCCUUGAUGACUUCAAGUUCAUCAUCUUCCACACGCCCUUCUGCAAGCUGGUGCAGAAGUCAGUGGGGCGGCUGCUGCUGAACGACUUCCUGGCCGCCCCCAGCCCUGACACGGCUGCUGGACUCUACAAGGGGCUGCAGCCCUUCCGCGGCAUGAAGCUGGAGGACACCUACACCAGCAAGGAGGUGGAGAAGGCCUUCCAGACGGCCAGCCAGGAGAUCUUCAACCAGAAGACCAAGCCCUCCCUGCUGCUCUCCUCCCGCAAUGGCAACAUGUACACGCCAUCCAUGUACGGCUGCCUGGCCUCGCUCCUGGCUCAGUGCUCGGCUCAGGACCUGGCCGGCUCCAGGAUCGGUGCCUUCUCCUAUGGCUCAGGGCUGGCCGCCAGCAUGUUCUCCCUCCGUGUUUCACAGGAUGCUGCCCCAGGCUCCCCCCUGGACAAGCUGCUCUCCAGCCUGGCUGAUCUGCCCGCCCGCCUGGACGCCCGCAAGCGCGUGGCUCCACAGGACUUCGCCGAUAUCAUGAAGCUGCGCGAGGAGACCCAUCACCUGGCCAACCACACUCCGCACGGCUCCCAGGCAGACCUGUUCCCCGGCACCUGGUACUUGGAGCGGGUGGACGACAAGUACCGCCGGCAGUACGCCAGGAAGCCCGUGUAGGGCACAGAGGGGGGCAGCCAUCGGGGGGACGUGCAGGCACGGGGGUGAAUGCAGCCAUCCUGUUCCCGGAGCAAGCAGUGUUUUCUGCGAAAACACAGGCAGCGUGGGGAAUAAAGCACGGAUGCAAGGGCAAUGCCCCAGCUAUGGCUCCCUAUUGUAAAGCAGCCAAUAUUACCCAGUGCCAUGUAUUUCCCUCCUGCCCCUAAACCCAUCCUGAAUCACCUCUGUGCCAGGUGAGAUGUAUCCCUGUACACCACACGUGCCUGAGGAGAAUGGCAUGUAUAGCCAGGGUGCCUAAUGCUUUGGAUCCAACACAGGUGGCAAUACGCAAUUGCCAACAUCCCCGGGGAAUAGCUUCCAUGGGUGGAAGUGGGGUGACGUGGGCUUGCAGGAGGCUCAGCCCAUCUUGGAGCACUUCCCAGGCUGUGGCCAGAGGGGACUUCAGCAGGGCAGCAGAGCCUGAGAGACCUUUGCACCCUUGAGCAAACAGUGCUAGAGGGUGAUGGGGGCGGCACUGGGGAUGGAGCCAGGAAGGACAGAAUCUGCAGGGAAUGGUGUGGAGUUGGGUAUGAGGGACAUCAUUGAGAAGGGUUUAGGGAUGGGUAGGAAGAACACCACAAGGCAGGGAUGCAUGGACAAGGCACAGCACGCUUAUUUCCGGAUGCUUUAUUGAGCACAAUGCUCCCCCAGGUGCUGGAGGCUCCAGGUCCACCCUGGUGGGGGGAGGGAGGGCGCUACAGGUGGAGCUGGAAGACUUCUGUAGUGCAUGGCUUCAGGCCAGCGAGGUCAGACAGCGGGGCUGAGAGCCCGGCCACGCUCCACUGCUCCCCUGCUGCCGCACUGGAGCUGUGGUAGGACUGGAGCUGGAUCCCUGUUUUCCCCAGCAACCCUGGGCAGGAGGAAAGAGGUCAGAGCUGCAGCCUGUUCCCUGGUGCAUGAACCCCACGUGCCUACCCUGAAUCCCCUCCAUGAUGUUCUUCCUUUCCUUUGCCCCAAGUCAUACAACUGUGGAAUCAUUAUGGUUGCAAAGACCUCUCAGACCCCCAAGUCCAACCCCAGCCCACCCCCACCAUGUCCCUCACUGCCACAAUUCCGUGGUUCUUGAACACCUCCAGGGACGGUCACCCCACCCCCUGGGCAGCCAGUGCCACUGCAUUACCCAUUUCCCAGCCUGGUAACCAAACCACCCCUCCUGUCUCUGCACACAAUGCCCUGUCAGCAUUGUUCCCAUUUUGACUCCAGGCUGAUUGUGGAGAUUCCUCAGACUGUUCCCUUGCUUGUGGUGACACCAGGAGCUUACCAGCAAGUGUGGGCAGUGUGUUUGUCUCAGAUGCUUUGGCUCUGUAGAUAAGGAGAGGGCCCACCAGUGGUGCCGGCUGCUUGAAGGUGACCCCGUUGAGCUCCCGCAGCACCGGAGUGCUGCCCUGCACUGUUCCUGUCACCCGGUGUGGGGUGCCCUGCAAGGCCACCUGCAGCAAGCCCUCGGGCUCAGGGCAUGUGUCACCAUGGGAGGCUGUGACCUGGUGGGGGGAGAUGGCCACUCAGCACCUGCAUCCUACAGGGAUGUCCCCUGAGGGCACAGUGCCCUGUGGGCUUAUACCAAGGAAGGAUAGGAUGUGGUGGCAUUGGGCUGACGUGUGGCACUCUGUGUACCUUCAGGCCAGCCUCCUGGGCCAGCAGCAUGGCAUUCACCAGGGUCGCCUCCUUCUUUCCUCCAGCCAGCAUGCCUGAGACCACAGCAGGUGCCAGGUAGCUGCUGGCAUCCUUCAGGGCGGCCCCUGGGAUCAGUACUGCGAUCAGCUCAUGUCCAUCUGUAUUCCCACUAUCCCAUCCAUCCCACGCCUCCCAUCCUUCAUCCCAUCACCCAACCACCUCCUGCCUUCUGACCCAGCGCGUCCCCUUGAGUCCCUGUGCUGGAGCACACCUGCCCACCUCUCACCUAGGGUGCAAACCUGCACAUUGCCCGUCGCUUGCUUGGCCAGGCCAUGCAGCACUGUGCCCAGCACCCUGGCCAGGGCGAUCCAGGGUUUGGUCUGGGGCGCAAAGGCUUUGCUCAGCGCCUGUCCAUUGACCUGAGAGGAGAAGCGGGGUGAGCAGUGGGGAUCUAUCACACGUGGGGUCUCUGAGGUGCACUAGGGGACUCACCACGCCAACCAGCCCCUUUCCAACGGCCAUGUCCACUAUCUGCAUGGCAAUCUCCUUGCCACAGCGACUCUGCGCCUCCCGGGUGCUGGCACCCAGGUGUGGGCAGCAGAUGACGUUGGGGUGGUCCACCAAGUCCCGGUCCUUCGGGGGUUCCUGCACACGGCCCCGGC